AGCGCCACCCGUUUGCUCUUCGCUUCUGCUGCCUUUCUCAGACGAAGGACAGAUCCUCGUGGAGACGUCUGGGCAAUGAAUAAAAGGCGAGCUGGGGCGCGGAUCCUGCUGCAGCCCUUAGCUGUGAGCGCCGUCGAGCAAGGCUGAGAAGUGUCCCGUCCCCGAAUUUUAAAUUUUAAAGGAAAUUCCCUGCUUUUCUAAGCCUCCCGCCAGGAGCGUCCGCUUGGUCCGGCCAUGCUGCAGAGGAUCGCCGUCUGACCCGCCCCGUCGCCGCCAUGCGCUCCCUGAACAUCACCCCGGAGCAGUUCGCGCAGCUGCUGCGCGACAACAACGUGACCCGCGAGCAGUUCAUCGCGCUCUACGGGCUGCAGCCGCUGGUCUACAUCCCGGAGCUGCCGCGGCGCGCCAAGCUGGCCUUCGUGCUCACCUGCGUGCUCAUCUUCGCCCUGGCGCUCUUCGGCAACGGCCUGGUGCUCUACGUGGUCAGCCGCCGCAAAGCCAUGCGCACCGUCACCAACAUCUUCAUCUGCUCGCUGGCCCUCAGCGACCUGCUCAUCGCUUUCUUCUGCGUCCCCUUCACCAUGCUGCAGAACAUCUCCAGCAACUGGCUGGGGGGUGAGUGGCAGAGCCAGAGGGAAGGAGGCGGGUCUCCUACUUCCAGGGAGGAGGGAGAGGGAUGCUUGACCUCCACUUCAUUCCGACACACCACAACGAUUCCCUCCCCCCCAAAUUAAGGGAAAUGUUGGGGUUCUUUAAUUUUAAAAGAACAAGUUUGUAGUCCUCAUGGAGAUACAGAAGCUUAAUACUUUAUAAGUGAUCAGUGAGUGCAGAGGAGAAGAAAGCGGAUUCAUAGUGGUGCAAAAAUAAAACUGCUAACACCUGUGCAAAGCUAAGCUGGGUCAGGUUUGGUUUCAGGGGACCAUGUGUUGAGAUUCCUGCAUUGCAGAGGGUUGGACUAGAUGACCCUUGAAGUCCCUUCCAACUCUACAAUUCUAUGAGAGAUUGCUGUGCAAGCAGCCACAACCAUACACCUGGGCCUUCCAAGUCAGGUUUGUAAGUGGAGGGGCUAUCUAAAUGUGGGGAAAAGUUUUGAUUACCUUUCCUUCCAGCAUCAUUUAUCCUCAGUCGCUUUAGGGCAGGGUUGCUUAACAUGUGGGACUCAAGAUAAUCCCCACUCCCAUCAUGCCUGCUCCUUGUCAGCACUGGCGGAGCUGAUGGGAGUUGGGGUCCAACAACACCUGAAGAGCCACAGUUCAGUCUCCUCUGCUUUAGGCCAGUGUUUGCAGAUCAAGGCAGUGUGGUAUAGUGGUUGGGAGUGUUGGACUAGGACCUGGGAGACCAGUUUUCAAAUCCCUGCUCAGCCAUGAAACUCACUGGGUGACCUUGGGACAGUCAGUCUCUCAAGCCUAACCUCCCUCACAAGGUUGUUGUGAGGAUACAAUGGGGCGGAAGCAUAGGGGCCAAGGUCCCUUUGGGGGCCCCCAAUAAAAUAUUUGAGGGAGGCACCCCCUCCCAGUAGAUGGGCAUUGUCAUUCAAAUAGUGUGUGUGCACAGUCUUGUGACUGAUUAUGAGGGGCAGGGUGCUUACCUGGGUCCUCCCAAUAUUUUAUUCAAGUUGGCACCCCUGGAUGGAAGAGAGCUGUGUGCUGCCCCUUGAGCUCCAUUGGGGAAAGGUGGGGUAGAAAUGUGAUAAAUCGAUCUUGUACCAGUGUAGUAAAGUUGUCUAUUUAAAGACAGUCAACAGCUACUAGCCACAAUGUAUAUGUUCCACUUCCAUUAUCGGAGGUAGCGUGUAUCUUGACACCAGUUGCAGGGAAUCACAGGUGAGUAGUGUUGUUGUGACCAAGUUCUGCUUUGGGGCUUCCCGCAGGCGUCUGGUUGGCCACUGUGAGAACAGGAUGCUGGACUAGAUGGGCCAUUGAUCCAGUUGGCUCAUCUUAUGUUCUUGUGUCAACUUACAGCAGCCUCGCAUGCAUUCUGUUGCUGAAUUGCUUCCAUGGGUGCAUCUUAGAAACCACCCAUAAAGCUCUCUUGACUGGGGAAUCAAAGAGUUGGAAGGGACCCUGAUGAUCAUCUGGUCCGAGUCCCUGCAUUGCAAAAAUAUGCAGCUGUCCCUUAAGGGAAUCAAACCUGCGACCUUGGAGUUAUCAGCGACAUGCUCUAACCAACUGAGCUAGUCCUAAGAGUUAAUCAUGCUGCUUGAUUUCCUAUAGCAGCAUCCAUAACUACAUUAUCUACAGUCCAGCAGUUAAUUCUCCUUCACAAGUUCCAUUUAGAAGUGUGUGAGAAUGCAAAUCUUAGCAGAGUGUGGUCAUAGUUCAGACCCAGCUUCAGGAACAGACCAUGACAUUACUUGUAGUUGUACUACAAUUAGGGACACUGAUUAAAGAACAAUAUAUAAUGUACACAAUAUAUGUGAAUUAUAACUGCGGGGAGCUGAUGGACUCCUACAAUUUGCAUUGUGAUUGAGCGUAGUGACUGAGUGUUCAAAGCACUUCAAAUAUUAUCUUGUAAAGAUAACAAUAACCCUGCAGGUAUUACUAUAGUUCUGCAGAUGGGAGACUGAGGAGGAGUUGCUAAUGAAUUCAUGGCGGAGGUAGGAUUUAAACCUCCUAAUUGUAGCUGUCUUAGCUGCUGUGCCACAUCAGUCCUCUCUCCCCAAAAGGCAUGUAGCUCCAGUUUUCUAAAAUAAAAUAAUAAUUCUAGCAUGGCAUCAUCGUUCAGGCCUUUUUCAUACUGUGCACUAAUAAAUACAAUAAUUAUGUCUUUUGCAUUUUAUUAUGAGAUUGACAAAUAGGAGAAUGCACAGAGCCUCCGGUCUAUCCCAGAUGUUCACAGCUGCAGUCUUCAAUGAGAUUUAGGAAUUUGGCAUUAUUGUGACAAUUGCUGCAAGUACUAAAUGUCACCAACAGAGCAUGGAACUAUUCAUAAAUGACAUCAGUGUUGCAGAAACAUAAGCAAACGCCAACAGUAAAGUUGCAAAGCAUUGUGCUUGGCACUCGUAUUGUUCAUCCAUGCAUGUGUAGUCAGUAUCCAUGAAUUGGCUUGCGCCUUAGUCGCAGGGCUGUAAGGAGUUACACAACUAUAUGGCAACAGUACUCUCCCAGCUUGUGACCCCCUGCAACCAGCAUUCAGAGACUGAACGUUUGUGCAAUGUAAGUGUUUAGCAUGUUUAAGGAGAUAUAACAGACCAGCUCAUAACUGAGGCUGAAAAACUACAUUAAUAAGAAUAGUGUAAUUAUUGCUUUUCCAAAAGUGUGACACUCAGUUGGAUCCCCAUCGCAUGUGUAUUGUUAUGAGUUUGGGGCUCAGUCCGGAUGAUACCUUGGAUCCCUCGCAGUCCAUGGGAUCCUGAAUCUGUGCGGGUAGAAUGUGUAAGGGGAACUUGCUAACCAGUUCCUUUGUCAAGGUAAUGGCUUUGGCUGGCUAGUUAAGGACCAUGAUUUUAACAUAUCCUAAAAAGUUACUGUGUGCCAUAGAAGAAAACAGAUGGCCCUUUCCCUCACCCAUCUGGAACCAGAAUUGCUGUGGGUAUGAGCUAGAAGCUGGGAGACAGACAGACAUGUUUUGCUUUGAGCUGAAUCCAAAGCUGGACUUGGGGUUCCCCUGGAAACUGAGAGGGGAAGCAAGGUCUUUUGGAUUAUUAAUGCUGCGAGACUCUCCAGCCUAAUGCCCAGAUUGCAUAUAAAUAAAAUUAUAUUGCCUAAAGACACCACACAUUCCUAAAGACACACAUUCAUUUCAAGGAAGCCAAAUCCUUGGUAAAGCAAAGACACCCCUAGACUCUCUCACUUCUUGGGGAUUGGGGUGGUGUGUAAUAGUAUAAAGUCAGCUUUGGCGUUUUGAUGGUGCCAGCACCUUGCUGUCCUGUCAUUAUAUAUUUUGCAUAGUUUCACGUGCUACUGAGUUUCCAGUCUGAUACAAUGAUCAGUUUAUCAGAGCAAUGAGUACAAAGUAUCUGAAAAUCACAGUGAGGGGCAAUGUAUACAAAUUCAGAAAUACAAUGUUUUUCAAAUUAGGAAAACAGACUUCCAUGCUACUAAGAAAUAACUAGACCCUAGGUCAGAAGGUUGGAAGGACAUAGCAAGCUGGUGGAAAAGGGAAUUAGUCUAUUACUGCUGCUGUCACUGCCGAUUAGUUGGCAACAUUACCCAGCUUGCAUAGUGUAGACAGGCUGCCUUCACAAGACUGAAGUAGCUUUGAUUGACAGCAGUAAACAACAUUAAUGUUUCAAGAAUUAGGAAAUGAUGCUUAGAAUCAGUGAGAGUCAUUGCCACCAGCGGAAAGACUAGCCAAGCUCAUCUUGAAUUUUUCUCAGUCCUUGAAUUCUCAGUCCUUGAAUUUUUCAUGCGCUUUUAGGAGGAACAAGUGGGGGUGGGGUCAGGGGAGUGAACUAGCAACAGAGCAGUGGGGGCUUGGAAGCAAAACCUUUUGCAUUCCACUGCCCUUUAUUGGCAUUCUCUCUAUGUUUCCCUCUUUGAAUCAGGCGUGGAUUUUCUUCUUCUUCUUCUUUCCCCCCAGCAAGGGCUGUUGGCCUAUAGAAAAAGUAAGUGGGAACAAAACUGAUGGUGGGUAGAGAGGGAAACAAAAGUGGGUAGACUUCACAACAAUGCAGGAUUAUAUAGCACAAACUUUCUCAUUGCCAUCAUAUUUACAGGUCAUAUAAAAUCAGCCUUGUGGCUACAGGUUCCUCACACCAGCUUUACAGCUUCCCCUCCCUGUAUAAUCAUUAUAUUUAGUCUUUAAGACAGCAACGGGGAAUCUGUGUCCCAUGCAACUAAUUAAGCCCAUCAGUCCUCCCCAUUUGGCCCAGUCUGUUAACCUUUCCCAUCACUGGAGGCUGGUGGGGCUGCAUGGGUGGAGCCCAUGAGGUCACAUGAGUAGAGCCUAGGAGGUGGUUCCUUGUGAGGUCCCCUUGCAAAUUGAUAGUGGACACUUAAACCAUACAGUUGUGCAAAUGCUUAGCACCCAAGUGUCUAACCUUGCUUCAGAAGGUGUCCCUGUUCACACACUUGCUUCUCUGGAAUCAUAUCUGUGGAGGAAAAGCAUUUGAGGAAAUCUAAGCAUCACGUCUCCUCUCACAGUUUCCCCCCUUGAAAAUCACCCUCUGCUUUUGCAACUUUGUGACUGUAUGUCUGACACCUAGGAUUCUGCCAAACAUAUUGUUACCACCUCAAAUCUUCAGUCUUACACCACUUUUCAAGCAAAGUCUGCUAGAGUCUGUAUAUUGUAUGAAAAGCAAACAAGGCUCUUUACAGUGACAACUGGUAUCACGGUUCUGCAGGAAACAGCAUGCCUAGAAGCAAAUUUGGCAUCAUAUGUUUAAUGGAAGACAAAUGCUGGAGGUAAUGGAAUAUUAGUACUCCCACUGUUGUUCCAGUUACUAACAAAGACAGUGUGUGUAGAGAAAAACAAAAGCAAUAGUAGUGCACAUUAUAUUUUUUUUGUUGUUUAAAAAAUUGUAUACCACUCAUUUUGUAGCUGGAAUGCACUCUGGCAGUCUAGCUGUUCGUUAUGUCAGGUUUAGAUUUCCAGCCAUUCUACAGACUUUUAGUUGCAUGUGCCAUCAUUUUAUUCAGCUUUUAACCUAAGAACUCUGCUGGCUCUGAAUCUGUGAGAAACCAAGGCAUCAGUUCAAGGUCAGUUGCAGCAAAGAAUCUGGUAAAGUGUGUGCAAUCGAGGCCCCAUGUACACCCUUCCCUGUCACCCAAUAUGGUUCCAGGUUCUUUUUCUGCAAAAAAACAGAUUUUGCAGAACAGCUCAAAUACGGAUUUUUUGGAAAAGAAAAUUAAAUACAUUACAACAUUUGUGGAUUCCAGUUAGAUAAAAAUCAAAGAAAAUGGAACUCACAGUUCCAAAAAGGAGUAGAAAAUUGUGUGAUACAGUAUUAAGUUUGGGUUAUAUUAAGUGGUUUUGUGUGUGUGGUUGUUUUUUAAAAAAAAAAUUCAUUUACAGUGCAUUCCUAUACAUGCCACGUUGAAUCCCAGCUUGGGAGAAAGAUGGGACAGAAAUAUAUUAAAUAAGAAUAAUCAUGUUUACUUGGAAGUAAGUGCCAUUGAGCUCAGUGGAGCUUUCUCCCAGAUAGAGUAGGGAUAGGCUUGAAAGCUUUGUUGCAAAAGUCAGAGACUGCUUUAAAAAUAAAAGCCACCUCCUUCUCUAGCCAGCGCUCUCCCCAGAUUACAAUAUAAGCAUAUCCAGUCUCCAGAAUUAAAUAUUGUGUUCUGUUGCCCCCAUCUCUCACAAGCAAUAGAAUAAGCAAAGAAAAACACAUCUCUCCCCUCUAAGCCAGCUCCCUUCGUUAUACAAGCCAGUUCACAAUUAUCACUCUUUAUGUCUCUUCCCCAGCCAAGGACAAAACACCCCCUGAUGUAGAUAAACAAUUUCUUCUCCCCCCUUUACAACAGAAAAGCAAGCUGUUGCACGAGGGACCCCAACCUUUUAAAACAAAAGAAAGACCUUCAGGAACCAAGAAAUAAAGGAUUUUUCUUUUUUGCCUCUUUGCCUGCACUGAGGAAAGUAACCUGGCUGGGCUGGUACUAAUGUCUUGCUUUCUCACGAAAUAAAUGUAUUUUUAAAAAUAAAGAAAGCUGAAGCAAGAACCUAGCGCACCCUCUCACAAAAAAGGUGCACACAUCCUGCUGUUUGAGGAAAAAAUGUGUACCAACAGGGAAGAACAAACAGCCGCAUGGUGGCUUAGGAGGGCAGCCACAGAGCUCUAUGCACGUCACAGUCCAUGUCUGGUGCAUCAAGGCCAUGCUCCUGAAAGAGAAAACAUGAGAUGGUUGCUUGUGUUUAACUAGUCCCUCUACUUGGGAGGCAGGGGUCGAAGUCUACUGCUAGUUUUUUAAUGGCUGGCUAAAGCAGAGAAGAUGGAUGGAAGCCUCUCAGUAAUUGGAACUGUAUUGAUGUUAUUGCGUGUGUCAGAAAAAAGACUGGACCAUGGUUUCGGAGGUUUGAGGGUGUUUCCCCCUCCCCUGAAACUUCACAGGGCUACUUUGCCCAUGAGGGGCCUCCCCUGCAUAUGAUGUCAGGCACAGGAAAGGUAAAACUGUAGGGCUAAAUUGAAAAGGAAGAAUCGAGAACACACUCUAAACAUGUUAACCCUUCUUCCUUUCUAGCCACAUUCAUCUUUUUUAUGUCCCACGGAGGACCUUAUGGUCUUCAAACAAAAACAUCUUGGAGAUCCUGGGCCACAGGGAGGUUAGGCUGGCCUCAGAACAGAGCCAGGGCUUUUUCGUCUGUGGCCCCAAUCUGGUGGAAUGCUCUGUUACAAGAGACUAGGGCCCUGCGGGACUUGACAUCUUUCUGCAGGGCCUGCAAGACAGAGCUGUUCCGCCAGGCCUUUGGCCAAGGCACAGUCUCACCCCCUCCUUUGGUAAUCCUCAUAGAACUCUAGCCCAAUGGUUGCCAUUAAUUUGAUUCUGAACUGAUUUUAGAAUGAAUUGAUCUUAGAAUGUGUUUUAAUUAAUUGAUUGUGAUUUUAUGUAAACUGUUACUUUUACUAUUGUUAGCUGCUCUGAGCCCGGCUUUGGCUGCGGAGGGCGGGAUAUAAAUAAAAUAUUAUUAUUAUUAUUAUUAUUAUUAUUAAUUCAGUUUGGCGCCUUUUCUUGUCACUGGACUGUGACAGAAAAGGUGCCUGAUUCAAAAGGUGCUAAAUUACAGUUGGAAAAGAAGAGUAUAUCAAGGUGGGGGGUACGAAGCUUUUCUUCCUGUUUGGAUACAAGCAGGUGAUGUCCCUCACUUUAAGGGUCCUCUGUAGGGGAUUUUACUGGGACGUGGGUGGCGCUGUGGUCUAAACCACAGAGCCCAGGGCUUGCCGAUCAGAAGGUUGGCGGUUCAAACCCCCACGAUGGGGUGAGCUCCUGUUGUUCGAUCUCAGCUCCUGCCAACCUAGCAGUUCGAAAGCACGUCAAAGUGCAAAUAGAUAAAUAGGUACCGCUCUGGUGGGAAGGUAAACGGCGUUUCCGUGUGCUGCUCUGGUUCACCAGAAGCGGUUUAGUCAUGCUGGCCACAUGACCCGAAAGCUGUACACCGGCUCCCUUGGCCAGUAAAGCAAGAUGAGCGCCGCAACCCCAGAGUAGUCUGCGACUGGACCUAACUGAUGGGAGUCCCUUUACCUUUACCUAUAGGGGAUUUUACAGAACUUGCCUUCACAGUGGCUUGGUUAAAGUGUAACACCAAACUAUGGUUUGGUGCUUUGUGAAGAGUCAUUCCCUCAUUACUUCCCUUGCGCACUCCAAUUUAAUCUGUCACUUUGAACUAGGGGGCAAAGUGUAACUUGCCUAGUUCAGAUGUAAUGGCAAAUGAUGGUUUGUGCUAACCAUCAUUUGCCCCAAACCAUGAUUGCAAACCCAGUUCAAACUACUAAACUAGAAUUGAGAAGAGAAAUUGGGGCACACAUAAGCACUGUGCUUGUUAAUGUAAUACCAAAUCAUGCUUUGGUGUUGUGUCUGAAAAAACCCCAUGAGAGAGAACAAAGCCUAUUUUUUAAUCAUCUUGUAUGGAAUAUAGUACUGUCUCAAUUGCUAUGCAGUGAAAAAUGUUGGAGAGAAAAAAGCAGCUUUAUUCUUAAAAAUCAAAACCUGGUAUCUUAUUAGUCUCUUUGUGCUUGAAGACAUCUUCUUUUAGUGAUUCCACAGCUGAUGCUUCUCAGAGGAACUAAAUAUUGUUCUCAGCAACUGUAGCUGAAAGAUUGCUUGUGCCCUUUACCCUCCAGAAUAAGAGAUAAUCCCCCAAAGUGCUUUAAAUACUGCAGCCAUUUAUAAAAGCAAAUGCCUCUGGUGUGUUUAUGCAUAUCUAAGGUGAUCUGAAGGCAAUUUAGGCAUUGUGAGAAGUGAAUUGACUGUCAAAAUCAAAGUUGUCUUUGAAAUAAGCUGCUGCUUAUCUCUGUUUACUAUAUUGGGGGAAAGCUUAAAUUGUAUUUCUAUGGUUGAUUUCAAAUGCCCGCUACGGUAAUUGCUAUAAGCAGUGUAUAUUACAAUGUUUAGCUGGUGAUCUAGCAUGAGGUUGAACACCAGAUAUCACCCAGCCCUACUUAUAAGCCUGAUGGCAUAGCCUGUCUCUAUUUUUCAUGCCUUUGUUUGAUGCUAGGGACUUUGGGAAACUAUUAUUGUCUGAAAAGCAGGAUAAAGGCAUGGUAAAUAAAUCUGUGAAGAAUUUGUAGCAUUUUCCUGUGAACAACAAGAAUAAUCGUUGGCAUCUGUCUGUCUCUCAGGAAGAGUGCACCUGACAGUUUGGGUCAAACCGUCAGAGUGUUACAGUGCCUGCUAUGGCUGUAUGGGACCAAUAUGGGAGAGUCAUGCUUUAUCGCAAGUGGGGUAGAUGAAGGUGGCCAGUUUUGCUGCUACAGGCGUAUGAUGGUCGCUGCUGCAUAUGCAUGACCUGACUGUCUGUCUCCAGUCACUGUGAUCAUCUGCAAGGAGUUCCCAUACAGUGCGGUAAAUGUUGCCAGCCUUCAUGCCGUGUUUGAAGAUGUCUUUGCAAUGCAGUGUUCGAGCGCCAACAAGCCUAGUGCCUGAAGCCAGUUCCCCACAGAGUAUAUCCUUGGGGAUCUGCUGAGCAGAAGUGUGUACAUACUGGGAAUAAGGGCUUGGGAGAGCACGUCUUUAUUUUAGACUCUGUCGUGCCUUUUGAUACCCAAAAUCUUGCUGAUACAAUAUAUAUGGAAGGUGUUGAGGUGUUGCUCCUGGCAAUUGUAAGUUGCCAACAACUCACUUCCAUAAAGCAGUGUGCUCAACACGCAAGCCAGGUAGACCUUCAUCUUGGUAUUGAAUGUUAGCAUCACAUUCUCCCAUACCCUUUUGGAGAGGUGAGCCAUUGCCAAUGCUGCCUUGGCAAUACGUUUUUCCACUUCAGCAUCAUUGGAAAGGUUGGUGGCUAUGGUGGAGGCCAGGUAGACAAAAAUGUCUUCCACCUUAAGCAUGUGGUCACCAGUUCUGAUGCAUGGAGUGCUGGCGACGUUGUGACUGAGGAUAAUGGUCUUCAUCAGGUUGAUGGUGAGGCUGAGCUCCAUGCAGGCUUAGGAAAAAUGGUUGAUAAUGCUAUGCCAGUUCCACAGAUUGAAGCAGUUGAGUGGGCAUAUAUGGGGUAAAGUGAUCUCAUAGGUAAACUGGAUCCAAGUUGUGUACUUGGCCUGGUAGCAAAUUGGCAACCAGUGCAGAUCUUUCGCCCUAAGUGCUAUAUGCUGAUAGGUCUCAGUCCUGUCAGCAAAGGUGCUGACUAUGUCAUUGUGUUGAAAGGUUUUGCAUUAGAUAAUGUAUUUUUAAUAAAAGGCGAAAGAUUUAUACGAUCUGAGGUGAAACCAGAGUAUUAAAUGGGCACAAGACGUUGGACACAACAUUAUGUUUGCUGACUGGGAACAGUUAUGGACCACAGGUAUGAAGUUUACGGCAUGUAAUGCCUUAAGAGAGAAUAUUAUGAAAAUGAUAUACAGGUGGUACAUAACCCCAGUUAAGCUUGCAAAAAUCUACCAUUUGCCUGAUAAUAAAUGUUGGAAAUGUAAAGAAACUGAAGGUACAUUUUUUUCACCUUUGGUGGACGUGCCCAAAGAUUAAGGCUUUCUGGGAGAUGAUAUAUAAUGAAUUAAAAAAAGGUAUUUAAAUAUACCUUCUUGAAGAAACCAGAGGCCUUUCUCCUGGGCAUAGUCGGCCAAUUGGUGUUAAAAAAGGAUAGAACUUCCUUUAUGUAUGCCACAACAGCAGCAAGAAUACUCAUCGCAAAGUAUUGGAAGACACAAGAGCUACCCACACUGGAGGAAUGGCAGAUGAAAUUGAUGGACUAUAUGGAAUUGGCGGAAAUGACUGGCAGAAUCCGUGACCAGGGAGAAGAGUCGGUGGAAGAAGAUUGGAAGAAAUUCAAAGAUUACUUACAGAAAUAUUGCAAAAUUAAUGAAUGUUAGAGUGAUGUUGGAUUGAAAUUAAGUGGCUUCUAGCUGUACAGGCUUUAAAAUUAUAUAUAGAUCAAGAUUAAGGAUUAGGAUUAAAAAGGCUAAAAGAAUGGAAAAUUGGUUUUUAAUAGGUAAAAAUUUAAUGUUAUAUUAUAUUAAGAUUAAGGAUUGGGAUUGGGAUUAAAAAGGAGGGAAAGGAAUUGCUGGACAAACAAACUGAAUUGGAAUACAAAAGAGGGAGGUAUGAGGAGGUCCGAGAAACAAGUAAAUGUAAAAGUAGUGAUGAAAAGAUGGAAUUGUUUUUAACUGUUUUUAUUCUUUUUUCUUUUUGUAUUCUGUAUUGUGUAUUUUUCUUUUUAUUUUUAAACUCUUUUUUUAUUAAUGUGAUUCUUUUCAUGUGAAACUUUAAUAAAUAUCAUUUUAAAAAAAAGAUAAUGUAUUUUUAAAUGGUUUAUACAUAAUAAUAAGUAAAAUAUAAUCAGGUUUUGAUCUGUGGGUUCUGUCUUUUUAAUGCAAUUUUAUUUACUUCUGAUGGGGACUUGCUAUAUACCAGUUACCAAUCUUGACUGAAAUAUCUUCGGGUGAUUUGUCUGAGGUUCUCCCCUUCUGUCUAGCUUCAUUAUUUAAUAACAGAACGGCAUUAUUAAACGCUUAACGUUUAUUGACUUAUAUUUACAAUGGGAGAGUUCAAAAAUCCAUCUACAGAUGGAUAAUUGGCUCGGCUUGCUCUGAAGUCAAGUGAUAAAACAAAUGUUGCUCCAGUUACAUUUAAUGAGCUGUAAAUGCCAUCCAUUACACAUCAGAUGGGAUGGGUGACUGAGUGACUCAUCAAAGUUUAACAGCAAGGGCUUAAUGAAUUAUAUGUUUUUACUAUUAUUAAAGUUUCUCUUGGUUUACAAAAGUACAUGCCUUUUCUCUUUUCUCAAGUUGUACAGUCUUUUCUAUAGAUCAGUUACAUUUGUUAGGAGACAUUAGUGUUGAGUAUAGUAUAAGGUCAGGAAGAAGGGGGGAAGGAGGGGUGGUGGUAAAAUUUAUAUUUUUUGCAGUGUACGUGGGGGGUUUCGUGUCAGCGGCAGGUUCUUGUUCUAUUCGCUUGUUAUGUUUCUGGUUGGGGGACCAGGAUAUGGUUGGUUGUCUGUGGUUGGUUGCAGUGGGGUUUGUUUUCCUUUGGGGGUGGAGGACUUGUUGGGUCAUGUAAGCCAGACUGAUUUGUAUGCUGUUGGUGGGUUCUUGUUGUUGUCUUUUUGGGCUGUGUAUGUGAUAAAGGGGAGCUAUAUUGGGGUGAGGCAUCUUCUAUUUGUCCCCGUGUCAGUUUUGUUUUAUUGGUUAGCUUUUCUAGUAAGACUGUUUCCCAUAUGAUUUGAUACCACUGGUUAAUGUUCACCCCUGACAGAUCUCUCCAGUGUCUGGCUAUGAGGCUUCCGGCUGCUCAGAGUAGGUGGGUUAUAAGUUCUGUAUAAUGUGAGUGGUCAUUAUGAUCUUGGAAGAUGUUCAGUAGGGCCAGUUCUGGGGUGAGUUCUAAUACCUAUUUAGUUAUUUUGCCUAUUUCUUGUAGGAAUGCUGUCCAGAAGGGUUGGGUUUGGGGGCAUUCCCACCACAUGUGGAGGUAUGUGCCUGUGGAGGUGCAGCCACUCCAACAUUUUGGUGAGGUUCUUGGGCAUAUCUGUGCUAGUUUCCAUGGUGUUAAGUACCACCUGUAGGUGAGUUUCAGAGUGAGUUCCCUUCUCUUGGCAGAGAUGGAUUUAAAGGGAGGUUUAGACCACAUUCUAAGUAGGUCUUUAGUUUUACCUUAAAGUUGGGCCAAAUGCAUUUUCUUAAAAUGCAAGUCCAGGGAGAAAGUGAAGGAAAGCUAAACCAGGCAGCUCUGUGAAGCUCAUAAUAAGGAGGCAAAGUUUAUCAUUAAAGCUGUACUGAGGUAAAAUUAAUAGUCUUCUUGCUUUUUUUUAUUUGGGGUAUUUCUACCCUGCCUACUGACCAAAGUUCUUGACCGAUAAUUAAAAUUCAUAAGAUAGACAAUAGUGCAGUGGUCAGGGCUAGACGUACCUGGAAAUGCCAGGAAUCAAACCUUUUAUAUGUGAGACAUGUGCUCUAUGCUGAAUUAUGCCAGAGCUGGAGGUGUCACCUCAUCUUGCCUGCCUUUAUAUACUUUAAAGUCCCAUGCUCAGACUACAUUUUAAGCCAUUUUAGGUAUUUCUUUGUAACUGAAUUACCAUUUUAAGCCUGUUUGAACAAAGCUACUGUAUCUGUUAUUCUUCAACAAGUAUUCCAAGUGAGUAAAUGUUAUGUUUAUCUUUUUUAAUACUUUUUGUGUGAUUAUUGUUUUAACGGGGGGAAGGGGGAAAUACCAGAAAAAAUCCAGUCUGCCUUAAAGCAUUCUGUCUAAUGUAAUAGUAGUGCUCUGCCCAUAUCUUUCAAUCAUAAAAUGUUCAUAGUUAUGCAAUAGAACAGUCCUUUUAAUCAAAUACUUUAAAGUACAGUGCUCUGAGCUAGGGAUCUUUUUUUCCUUGUAGAAAAUGAUGUUGGGUUUUGAAUUGUACAAACACAAGGGUGAAAACAGAUAUUUAGAGACAAAGAAUCCAAAAGUGUUCUAAGUAUAAGCUUGUCAUGCUAGCUUUUGUAUUUCUUGCUGAGAGGUUAUUUUAAUUCAUGAUUUCUGUUGAAAAACACUGCUGGUUUGAAAGGUGUACUUUACUUAAGUUUGGAUGCUUGGCUGAAACUGCAGUACUUUGAGCCAGCUUACAAUUUUUGUCAAAACAACUUCUAUGAUAGAGAGACCACAAUUCUGUUGCUAGGCAAUUUGGGGUAUCAGAAUGCCUUCUCUAAUGAAAAAAGGCUAACUUUCUUAUUAGAUCCUCUGCUACAAAAUUGUAUGCAACCAAGUGGCCUUUCAUGUCUUGUCAGAUUUCUUUUGUCUGCAUCCUAGAAGCUCAAUCAUGCUGAAUUAGAGAAAAACUGCAUCAGAUUGAUUACCUCAGAAAGGUGAAGAAUGACGUCACUCCAUUGACAGUAUGAAGAAGAAGAAGAAAAGAUAAAAUUGUGGAAUGUAGAGUUUGAACUUUUUUUUGGGGGGGGAGGGGAAGUAAAGGCUAAUUGUCUCCCUGAGGAAGAGCAGCUGCAGCCCUAAACAUGCUUACUUGGGUGUGUAACCCAUUGAACCUAAUGGCAUUCACAUCUGAGUAAGUAAACAUAGGAUUACAACUAUAUAUUUGGACCCUGACAGGAGCAAGGACUGCUUCAUGCUAAUAAAAUCCUACAUUCUUCCCAGUGUUAUAAAACUUGAGGCAAAACAACGAGUGUGCAAUAUAUGAUAAUUUAGGGAUAUGCAAUUGAAAUGUUCAAGCUGGCUGAAGCACAGAAGGCACUGGAGGAGAAGAAUUCUGCAAAGUGGCUGGAUUGAAGUGCGCAAAAUGUUUUGAUAUUUAUUUUAUUGGAUUUAGCAUCACUUUCCACUAUGUGCUGCUACUGUCAUGCUGACAGGUUCAAACCCAUAAAGAUGUCUGAGGAAAGAGAAGGGCGGAGGAAAUGAGUUAGAAGAAAGGAUUUUCAGACUUUCUGCAUAGCUACUGCACAAAGACAGUUGCAUGCAGGAGAAGAAGAAGGAGCCCUACAAACUCUUUCAGUGACAAGUAUGAACUAGCCAAAUUUACUUAUCUUCAUUUCAAUGAAAUGCUGAGCCAAACUGUAGCAUGUGCACACUUCUACUUUGUGGCUGAAAGCUUGGAGGGCUUUAACCAACUUGGGUGGCUUUCAAAGAGGAUUAGACAAAUUAAUGGAGGAUAAGGCUAUUAAUAGCUUCUAGCCACAAUGUUCUCCCUCCACUGUGAGAGACAGUUUGCCAGUUGAUGGGAGAACAUCUGGUUGGCUACUUUCUGAAAUCCAUGGGCAUCUGGUUGAUCACUUUGACAGUAGAAUGCUUUUUAGAUCCAUCACUGGGGGGCAGUCUGUGAGGUCCUGGGGUUCUUCUGUUUUGUUUGUUCUUAUCUCACAAUUUUUCCAAAGAGCUCACCCCAGUAGACAUGGUUUUCGCUUUCAUUUAAUCCUCAUUGCAACCCUGGGAGAUCAAUUAGGCUGAAACUCAGUUCAUUUGCAUUAUUUAGUUUAAUGGGAAAAGGAUGUAAUCAAUCCAAACGAAGAGGCAUGAUAAAUGAUAAAAGCUGAGAGAGGGGUUUUUAAAUUAAAAAAAGUAGUACUGAAUUGUUACCUCAGCACAGUAGAAAAAAGGAAACCAGUUAUUUUUCCAUAAAAUUUACACACCACUUGAUUGAGGUUUUUUACAAAGUGGUUUGCAAAAGAUAAAACAGAAAAAUCAAGAGAAAAGAAAUCAAAAAAUUUUACAAUUUAUGUAAAUACCUGAAAAGAGGAGGAGGAAGAGGAACAUUAGGGUGUUAAUUUUUGUCCUCCUUGUGAAACACUUGCUUUAGAUCAUAAUAAACCAUAUCCCCACUCCUCCCCUUUGUGUGUCCUUAUCCUCAACUGUGGUGUCUACUUAUUUUAUUCACCGUGUAUACUUUCCUUACGCAAAAAUACUAGAGUAGUUUACAGUUUAAAAAUUUAAAAUAAGCUGAUGUAGUCCAGAUGGAGAAGAAAACACUAAAUACAGGCUCAUAAGCCUCAGUGCGCCAUGCUGCUAAUCAGCAUUGUUGAGAUAAAAACAACGCAAAAAGGAAUCCUGCUCACCUUCUAUUCUCCCAAGUGCAGUGCUCAGGGCACACUUAGAUUCCCAAUUAGCAUUCCAUUUUUUGUGUGCAAAAGCACCCCUCCCCCACUGCUUGAUGUUGAAGGUCUGACCCAGAGGUCCACCCCUUCAAUGGCUCUCUUUGAAUCCCUUUGAGACUCCCUCAGCUCAAUCCUGCAGGCAGUGGUCUGGAGGUAGACAGUUGAGCUAGACUCUGCCGCCUUUGGGAAUUUGUUAUUGCUCACUCUUGACCCAGAAGUCUACCCUGCACUUGUUUUCUUCUGCCCUGCUGGCAAAACGGUGAGGUUGCAUAGCCAAGCAGCUGAGGAUUCUUCUCACCAUGCUGCACUUUGCCUCCCAGAUCAGCAACUUGCAAGCAGUUUUCCCAGGAGCCUGCCCUCCCUUAGGAUCUUGCCAGAAGAUCCAUAUUUGUCCAUUCUGAACAUCACCACGGUCCUUUGUGUUAAUGUUUCUGCUUGUUUGUGUGAUUUCUGAAUAGCGCACCAAACUUUUGUGUGGACCUGAAGUCCAGUUUCAGCAUGUGAUGAACCCCGUCUUGAGUGUUUUCUUUCCAGUUUUGACAAAAUGCUGUUGGCUCCCAGAAAAGGAACGAAAGCAAAGUCCUGUAAAAGAACAUUGGUAGGUUUGCCAACUAGAGAUACAGUGGAGCUGAGGUUUUCCCACGCAUGUAUGGAAGAGAUCCAGACGUUCUCUGGAGUUCAUGCAUCUCAAUGCAAGGGAGAUCUUUGAGUGUCACAUUAGAGUAGAAAUGGGAGAAAGUGAACUGUGUAUUCCUUGCACCACAUGCUUUCUUUUUUUGCUGUUGUCUUGAUCUAUGGCGACAUCCAUCACCAAGGGAAGGUGAUGGCCCAAGCAAGAUGGAAAUUGGCAGGCCCAGGGUUCUGGACCAGACUGGAUUGCAAGCUUAAGGAAAGGCAUUGUCAGGACCUUGGACAAGGGCCAAGGGGUCUGGUUACAGCCACAGUUUGCUUCCUGCAGUUGGAGCACAAAAAGGAAGUGUAUAUCCAGUUAAAUAGCUGGUGUCCCUUUUCUGCAACUGCCGGCUUCUUUUAGGCAGUGAGGCUACAAGGGUUAGGGCUUCUAUAAGGAAAGUUCUUCAGGGUUUUCCUGGUCCUCCAAAAAGUCUAGUUUAAUCAUUGAAGUCUGGUGGCAGGCAUGUCUCCUCAGGGUCCAGGGGGCUUCAUUUUCAAUGUAUCCACCGGGGAAGAAACAUGAAGUGGAUCUGUUUCAUUCUCCUUGGAGCUACUAUUGUAAGAGGACUCCACAUCUGAGGGUUCUUGGCUGUGGCUUUGUAAAAUCUAUUAAGUGUCUUUGUGCAAACACAAAACUGUAGCCUUGAAGCUCUUGUGUGUGGAAAACUACCUUACCCUAGUACAAUGUAACUAAAUAUUCUAAGCCUACUUUUCUGCUUUUGUUUGUAUUAAAGCUUUUUGAAUUUCAUGUUUUUCUAAAUAAAGCUAAGAAUGUGCUCUUUAAAAACCAAAUUGAGAGUUGUUGCUGGGAAUUGUUUAGCACAACGAAGAGCAUGUUCUACCCAGUAAAAUGAAUUCAACAUGCUUCGACUGAACGCUACAGCAUUAAAGCUUUUAGCAUUUCUUCUGGGUAAUAUAUAAAGGUGGCAAGGCUUUAUGUAUUUAAUUCAUGUAAGCUAAUUACCAUAUUUUUUGCUCUAUAAGACUCACUUUUUCAUUCCUAAAAAGUAAGGGGAAAUGUGUGUGCGUCUUAUGGAGCGUAUGCAGGCUGUGCAGCUAUCCCAGAAGCCAGAACAGCAAGCGGGAUCGCUGCUUUCGCUGCACAGCGAUCCCUCUUGUUGUUCUGGCUUCUGAGAUUCAGAAUAUUUUUUUCCUUGUUUUCCUCCUCCAAAAACUAGGUGUGUCUUAUGGUCUGGUGCGUCUUAUAGAGCAAAAAAUAUGGUAUAUUUCAUGGAAUUUAGCAAGGCUUCCAAAAGAACUGAAGAGCCAGCAUUCUGGAAGGCAAAUAAAGCUUUGGUAGAUUACAUUUACGUGAUGUUUUUAAAGAAUAUUUCCAUUUUUAACCAUCAAGGCUAAAGUAGAAAUGGCUCUCAAAACAGGACUGAAAGUGCUUCUGAAGGACAGCUAUACAGAAAGUUUUGUAGUUAACCACAAAUAGCCCAACUAUCAUUCCAUACAGACAGAGACCCUCUUCCUCUUCCUUCUAGGUCCUUCAACUACAUUUGAGUUUAACCUCUUCCAUUCCAAGUUGAUUCCUGAUUCCCUGUUCCUAAUUCAACACAGAUGAAUUCAGAGGCAGCCUGAAUAAGGAACUGAAUUUUGGGCACCACUCUGCUCUCUGCUUUGACUCAUAUCUUCCCCACUAGCAACCAGCCUGUGCAUUCUGAGGUUCUGCCCAUAACAUAGGCUGGGCUGGAUGGGUGAUGGCGCAAUAUAGGGCAUUCUUGGUAGUGGCCCCCUGCCUAUGGAACUGCCAAGUGACAGUCUGCCUGCCACAACCAUAGCAAUAUUUAAUACAGGAUGAGAAACCAAUGACUCUCCAUAUGAUUCUGAACUCCAGACACCCAUCAUCCCAGCCAAGUCAUCCAUGGCCAUUAGCCAUACUGACUGAGGCUAAUGGGGGGUAGAGUCCAACAAAAUCUGCAGGGCCAUGGGUUCCCCAUAGCCAAUUUAGGGAAAGGUUAAAGUAAUUUUUCUUUGGCUAGGCGUUUGGCCCAUGAUGUAAUUAUUUUUUGGAGUGCGGUCCUACAGAUACUAUCACUGAUAGCAAAUCUCUUUGAAGACCGUUCAAAGUUGCAGAGGCAUAUGACUAAAGGUGGAGCAAGGUUAUCAUCAUCAUCAUCAUCAGAGUUCAAGAUUUAGGAAUUGGUUCCACUCACAAUCCAUGUUGCAUUGCUAAAACAUUACCUGCUUCAAGAACAAACAAGCAGGAAGUCAACAGGAAGACAAUAAGGUUUAUAAGCUCAUAAGAAAAAGCCUGCUAGAUAAAGCCAGAGGUCCACGUGGUCCAGCAUUCUAUUUCCACUUUGGCCAACCAUAUACCUAUAUGAUGCCUAUCAUGGGUGCAGUAGCCUUCCCUAGCUCUUAUUCUCCUGAAAUUGCUAUUCAACAGCAUAUUAUCUGUGAUUCUAAAUAAUAGCAUUUCAGUACAGUGGUACCUCGGGUUAAGUACUUAAUUCAUUCCAGAGGUCCGUUCUUAACCUGAAACUGUUCUUAACCUGAAGCACCACUUUAGCUAAUGGGGCCUCCUGCUGCUGCCGCGCCGCAGGAGCACGAUUUCUGUUCUCAUCCUGAAGCAAAGUUCUUAACCUGAAGCAUUACUUCUGGGUUAGCGGAAUCUGUAACCUGAAGCGUAUGUAACCUGAAGUGUAUGUAACCCGAGGUACCACUGUACUCUAAUAGAUCCUCUCAGGGCACUUCAGGUUACAAAAUAUCCUUCUGGGCACAAGGCACUGAAUGAAAAUAUGUAUGUUGCCUCCAUUGGUGUAUUUUGUUCUGUGGUAUAGUAUAGAUAAUGAGACCCUGUUGAUGACUUGCUUUGUUUGUUUCAAUCCUUUAUUAGGUGCUUUUGCUUGCAAGAUGGUGCCUUUUGUUCAAUCCACUGCAAUAGUUACUGAGAUUCUUACAAUGACCUGCAUUGCGGUAGAAAGGCAUAACGGGAUCGUCCACCCUCUUAAGAUGAAAUGGCAGUACACCAACCGAAGAGCAUACACAAUGCUUGGUAAGGUCCUGGGCAACUUUGGUACUGCACGACAUAGCAUGUUGCUAGUGAUUUCUCACUUUUGAUAUGUCCGCUAUAGAGCAGUGGUGAGGAACCUGGGGAUCUCCAGAUGUUGGACCUGACCUUUGGCCAUGUGGGUUGCAACUGAUUUGAGUUGCAGUUCAACAACAUCUGGAGGGCCCCAGAUUACCCACCUCUGCUUUAGGGGGAUGCAGCUGCUAUGAGAGAAGAUUAGUUUUUUUUAAAGAAUAUAAAAGAAAAACCCACUUUGGAUGCAUACAGAUUAAAACCCCUCCCUCACUCCAAACAUACAUACAGAAUCAAAUGGAACUAGUCAUUUAAUAUAUUUGUAUAUGGUCUACCCUGCCUUCAAAUAACUGUUCUUUUAAGGUAAGGUAAAGGUAUAGGGACCCCUGACCAUUAGGUCCAGUCGUGACCGACUCUGGGGUUGCGGCGCUCAUCUCGCUUUACUGGCCAAGGGAGCCGGCAUACAGCUUCGGGGUCAUGUGGCCAGCAUGACUAAGCCGCUUCUGGCGAACCAGAGCAGCACACGGAAACACCGUUUACCUUCACUCCGGAGCGGUACCUAUUUAUCUACUUGCACUUUGACGUGCUUUUGAACUGCUUGGUUGGCAGGAGUCUUUUAAGGUAGCCUACAACAAUUUUAGCAUACAGUGGUACCUCGGGUUAAGUACUUAAUGCGUUCCGGAGGUCCGUACUUAACCUGAAACUGUUCUUAACCUGAAGCACCACUUUAACUAAUAGGGCCUCCUGUUACUGCUGCGCCGCCGGAGCAUGAUUUCUGUUCUCAUCCUGAAGCAAAGUUCUUAACCUGAAGCACUAUUUCUGGGUUAGCAGUCUGUAACCUGAAGCGAAUGUAACCUGAAGCGUAUGUAACCCGAGGUACCACAGUACAAGAUACAAAAAGAUCACAAUCUUAAAAAAUCAAGUUGAUAAAAAACCCAAGAAGAAACUGGAGCAAUAACAACACAAUGAUAAUGGUGAAAUGCAAAAACAAAUGGGUUCAUUGCUUGACUGAAAGCCAAGAGAGAGGGAGCCAACUGGGCUUUCUUAUGGAAGGGCCUUCCAUAAAAUGGCGCUACUGUUGAGAAGGUCCUGUCGUGUGUCCUACCCCGGUAAUGCUCUGAAGGAAAAGGAACAGGGAACAGGCUGUAAUGGGUAAACAGACUAAUGGGAGGGAAUGCAACUUCACAUGGACCCUGUUAAAGCUCUAGUAAUAUUUUAUAAACAAGCCCAGUGCAAAAAAAACCUCUUUGGGCAAGCUACAUUUUUGCAGCCUCUUCAGCUAAUGUUCGCUGUAAAAAUGACUAGUCCCAUUUGAUUCCCAAUGUAAGAUUGCUUUCUCUCCCCCUCCCUGCCUCUCUCUCUGCCGCUCUGUCUUUUGGUGGUGAUAAACCCGUAGGAGGACAAAAAUGUUUUGUUGAUGCAUUAAAAUAUCCGUUUUGUUUGUGCACGAGCUGUACUAGGACUUCUUCCUUCCUGAAACCCUCAUGACCUGACUUUUAUAUGUGCAGAAUUAUUGAAAAUGCACUCACAGUGCAUCCUUUGAAACAAGAUAGUUGGCAGAAUGCCUCGAGAGCCUCUGUUGCAUCCAACACACGAGAUUUACCCUAGAAGCCCAUAUGCAUGCUUUGUGGGCUGAUACCUUUCAGAACAAAACUGAAUGUGACUCUGUCUCAAUACUCACCGACUGGGGUGGGAGAAGUGUCCCAGAUUCACUCAGGCGUUGGCAUCGUUGGGUAACUGCUGAUGCCCACACCUCUGCAGGAGCCCUAUGCUGAACUCCACAGCUCCUGGCCCCGCUCUCCUUUUUGCAAAUGUGGCUUGUUCACCACCCUUCUAUGAGCAUGUGAUUGGUGACAACCGUGCGAAGAUGGAGAAAUGCCCUCUCCUUUUCUUAGGUUCUCUCUCUGGGCAGUUGUGAGGAUUGCUCCAGAAAAAGAAGGCAGCUGAAAGGGCAGAGGUGGCAAGUCUAAUCAGAGAGGGCACCUACUGAGUGCAUCUUGCCUAAGCCCCCUGGCAAACCUGGAGAUGGCACUGAAUUCACUUUCAAAUUUCUCCCUUCCCAGUAUUGGUCCAUUUUGUGAUUUGGACAUGUAAAAUUCCAUAUAAGGUAAAGGUGAAGGAGCCCUGGAUGGUUAAGUCCAGUCAAAGGCAACUAUGGGGUGUGGCACUCAUCUCACUUUCAGGUCGAGGGAGCUGACUUUUGUCCACAGACAGCUUUCCAUGUCAUGUGGCCAGCAUGACUAAACCACAUGACAUAUUUAUCUACUUGUAUGGGUGUGCUUUCGAACUGCUAGGUUGGUGGGAGCUGGGACAGAGCAACGAGAGCUCACCCUGUUGUGCGGAUUCGAACAGCUGACCUUCUGAUUAGCAAGCCCAAGAGGCUCAGUGGUUUAGAACACAGUGUCACCUGCGUCCCUUGAAAAUACACUUUCUUAAAAACAAAAACAAAAGAACUUGUAGCUCAUUGCUCUGAAUUCAGCUCCAGGGCAAAAUUCAUUUCACAAUUAGUCCUAAUUCUAACUGCCUUCCUCAUGCUUGCUGUAAUAUCUUAUCCAAAUACUCCAUAUGGCCACAUCACCAACUAAUAUAAAAAUGCUAAUUGCUCGCUCUAAUUUCCUGUUUUUUCUCUUUAAAACCAGCAAUUACAUCAUCAUCAUCAUCAUUAUUGUUAUUGUUAUUAUUAUUAUUUUCAGGCAUAGUCUGGCUGUUGGCAGCUAUCGUUGGGUCACCCAUGUGGCACGUACAGCGCCUGGAGGUAUGGUCUGUUGCAUUAUGCAAUUAUAUCUUUAUAGGUCAGUUUUGCAUUGAGUUUCAGCAUGAAUAAGGCUACUCUUCAGGAGAUGACUAUUAUGUGCUGUAGAAAAAUGUACAAAGAGAAGUACAGGCUGUGACGGCACAAUAGCACUUUCCCCCCUGGCGCUGUUGGGCCUGCCCUCACUUAAAUAUAAUGCACCCACCUCACAGAACACCAGUUCCACCAGUUCCUACAAACUACCCCAGAUUAUCUUGUGGGGGACUUGUGUGAGGGAAAACUUAAUAAUUUGGAGUCUCAGGCAGGAUUUGAUUAAAAAAAAGAGAGAUUUUAUUUAGCAAAGGAAGUUUAUGGCACAAAGUGAGUAAAACAUAGGAUACCUCAGAUUAUAAUGUUAUUUCACUUCAGUUCUUUCUCAGUUGUUGCACAACUGUUGCCACUUAGUACUUUGGUUCUUAAACCUGUCAGUACUUCCUGUCAGUUACACACCUGUUAGUCAGCCCUACUCCUGAAGUACUCCAAGUAACAGACCCAAGGGCUUUCCACACCCCUCUUAACUGGUUUGGGAGUCUUCUCUUUUUGUAGAAGAAUCUCUCCCCUCCUGACUGGAAUGAGUCCUACAUAGACUGUAUCCUCACAGCUUCUACUUCUCCUGGCUCAGCCUCAGCCUCCCAGUUAGUUCCUGGCCUAUUACUCUUACAGGACACCACACACUGUCUUCACCCUAAGCUCAGUGACUUCUUUCUCUAGCUUGUGAUAUAUUCCUCAGAGUGGAUGUUUUUACCCAGAACCAACUCUCUCUCUUACUCCCUAUCUCCCAACCUCCCAAAACUGACUCUCCAAAUCCUCUCCUUUUCAACCCCCUCUCCUGGAACCUCAACCAAUCAGAGGCUGCCAUUUGUUAACCGUUUGCUGGCAGGGGAAAAGAAAAAGAAAACACUAGGGGACCUAACCUGCCCAGGGAAACAAACUUUUCCGUCACACAGGUAUUUAAAUAGUGACCUUAGAAAUGAGUAGGGACCCAAGUAAAUAAGGCUUGUUUCUGUCGAGGAACAACUGGUUUUAGCAAUUGUUAGCUCUCUUGGGAAGUACUGUUUGCAUGGUAAACCAAUGUGAGAUCAGAGCUGUGCUGAGUUGCCCUGUCCAGAUAUCACAUGCACAGACCAGCUCUGCUCCCUGGCAUCUCUGUGUACAUUGUGGACAGCCGUGUGUGUGUGUGUAGCAUUGGUCUUAUGUGUGCAUUAUACUCCUAAAUAUAGAGCCAGUAUGGUGUAGUGGUUAAGAGCAGUAGUCUCGUUAUCUGGGGAACCGGGUUCGCGUCUCCACUCCUCCACAUGCAGCUGCUGGGUGACCUUGGGCUACUCACACUUCUUUGAAGUCUCUCAGCCCCACUCACCUCACAGAGUGUUUGUUGUGGGGGAGGAAGGGAAAGGAGAAUGUUAGCCACUUUGAGACUCCUUAAAGGGAGUGAAAGGCGGGAUAUCAAAUCCAAACUCCUCCUCCUCCUCCUCCUCCUCCUCCUCCUCUUCUUCUUCUUCUUCUUCUUCUUCUUCUUCUUCUUCUUCUAAAUAGGGUGAUAGUCUGUCCUUAUUGUUAGAGCAGAAAAUAUAUACAGUGGUACCUUGGGUUACAAAUGCUUCAGGUUACAGACUCCACUAACCUGGAAGUAGUACCUCAGGUUAAGAACUUUACUUCAGGAUGAGAACAGAAAUUGCAUGGUGGCGGCGCGGCAGCAGCAGGAGGCCCCAUUAGCUAAAGUGGUGUCUCAGGUUAAGAACAGUUUCAGGUUAAGAACGGACCUCCGGAACGAAUUAAGUUCUUAACCAGAGGUACCACUGUAUUUACAAAGCAGUUUGUGCGAUGAACUUUAAAAAUAAUUUUUCACUGACCUGCCAUUGUGUCUGGGUCAGACACUUGGUUUAAGUCUUUCUGUAGUACCGUAGUUUACUGCUUCUGGCCCUAGAUUAUAAGUUCAGGGAGUGUUCAUGCUGUUCCUUUUUAAAGUGUACCUUGUGUUUUGCCAUGGCUUUCCUUGUUGUUUCAUGGACCUUGCUGUUUUAUCCUACAGUAAACAGAUGGCAGAUAUUCAUAUAUUUGAUUGCUGUAUUUUAAAUAUGGUUGUGUUUAAAAUAGUUGUACAACCCAUCCCUGACUUAGCUCAAUUGGUUUGAUCAGAAAUGCAUGCCUGCAUGUGUGGGUUGCACAUUGCUCUGUGAUAGAACAGUUUUGCGUACAUAAUAUCCCAUGUUUGGUCAUUGCUCAGCAAAUAAGGUUGGGAAAGACCUCUCUGCUUGAUAUCCUAAAGUGCUAGCCUAAAUGACCCAGUGGCCACCCCUGAGUCAGGGCAAGCCAAUCCGUACAGGUUUUACACAGCCAGCACUUAAACCUCUGCUCAUAUUUGAUGAAAAAUAUGCACCUUUUCCUUUCCUUGCCAAUAGGCUAGGAGUAAGUUCUCUUUUCUGUACUGAGUGUGACUUCAACUUAAUUUGUUUCAGAAUAAAUAUGACUUCCUUUACGAUAAAGUGUACGUUUGCUGCCUGGAAGAAUGGGCCAGUCCUGUCCACCAGAAGAUAUAUGCUACUUUCAUUUUGGCUAUUCUCUUCCUGCUCCCAAUGAUACUGAUGCUCUUGCUCUACAGCAAGAUUGGUUAUGAGCUUUGGAUUAAGAAAAGAGUUGGAGAUGCUUCUGUUCUGCAAACUAUUCAUGGGAACGAGAUGUCCAAAAUAGCAAGGUUUGUAUAGUCAGUCUUUAGCAUUCAGUAUUAAACUCCAAAAUGUAUGUAAUUUUAUUUUAUUGGCGUCUAUAAAGGAAAUCCUUGACUCCCCAGCUUUCUUGAAUUCUUUGAGAGUGUCAAUGAUCACCUGUAGACAGAGGUUAUCUAUCAGACAAGUUAUAAUUCAGGCCCAAAUUACAUGUUACAAACAAAUGUUUGUUAUGAAGGAUCAGAAAUGUUUGGCUCAUCUCUCCCACUCUGCUCCCCCUUUUCUAUUUUACAUACACACCUGGAUUAUAUCAUUCUCAGAUGGUGGGGGAGAUAUGUUACCUUUUUACCCCAUUCAGAAUGAAGAUCCAGAUGUUGAGAUCAAAAGAUAAACCUAGCAACUUUGCAACCAAAGUUCAGUCCUCAGCAGCGGUAUUUGAAUGUGUUUUAAUGAGUUGUUAAUUAUUAAUCUUAGCAUUAUGCUUUUAAUAUUUGUGUUUAUUUAUAUCAUGAUGUAUUAUUUAUGAUGAUGAAGUCUGUAUGUUUGUUCUUCAAAAUCCCAAGUGCCUUUGGAGGAAAAGCCAUUUUAAAAUAUUUUAAGCAAACAAACAACAAGGGCAGUUCCAGCCCUUCUCCAUUAACUUCUCCCCCCAACAGUUGCAUGAAUGUUACCCCGCAGCUGUGAAAAAUUACCAACAAAACAAAGUCCUAACAACAGGUUUUAGGGUUUUUAGAAAUUAAUGGCUAAAAAUAAAUCAAUCUCAGCACAGGUAAUCAUUUUAUUAUUUCUAUAGCACUUAACCCCACUUUUAAGAAAGCAUUUUUGACGUGGGAGCCACUUCAGUGCAGCUCAUUUCGCUUGGGUAACAUGGGAAGAGUCUAUGCUGUAGUUUCUUCCUGUGCCAAUGUUGAUCCAGUUUCCACCAAGGGUGGAAUCAGGUGUGGGGAUUAUUGCAUUGUUUUUGUGGUUCUAAAGCUCACACUCCCUUUUAUAUUGCAUUAUCUGAUGGGUUCUCACACUCAUAUAUACAGUAUGUGAGAAAAUUAAUAAAAAUGCUUUAUAUCAGAUGAACUGGAUAGCUCAUUUGGUUAGGGCAUGGUGCUAAUAAUGCCGAGGUUGCAGGUUCGAUUCCCGUAUGGGACAGCUGCAUAUGCCUGCAUUGCUGUGGGUUGACUAGAUGAUCCUCAGUAUCCCUUCCAGUUUCGAUUCUAUGAACUUGUUUGCAGAACUGUGUACCUUGGUCAAAGCUGCAUACCAAAAAAUGUUCCUAUUAGGAGAAAUGCUGAAGAAUUUCAGUGCUGUUGUUGUUUUAAAAUCACAAAUUGCUGAAGAAAGGUGGAGCUGAAUUUAAGAUUGGGAAAAUGGGAAACUGAGGGGAUGGAAAGUGACAGAUCCAUCCACCCUUAGCUGCAGGCAAAGGUCUUCCCCAGCACCUACUGCCUGAGAACAUUUAGCUGGAGAUGUCAACCUGGAGCCUUCUGUAAAGAAAGCAUGUGAUUUACUACGGAGUUCUGGUCCAUCCCUGUCACCUGGAUGCCCCCCAAGUCACCAGGAGUCAUCUAUAUAUCUGUGCAGAAAUUUGCAGUACAAGCUCUCUUUCCUCUUUCAGGAAAAAGAAGCGAGCAAUCAUCAUGAUGGUAACUGUUGUGGUUUUAUUCACCAUCUGCUGGGCUCCUUUUCAUGUAAUGCACAUGAUGAUAGAAUACAGUGAGUAGCUUUUUCUUUUGAAAUUGUAGUAGUUGGUUUUGUGAUCAAGGUGGCCAGUGAAAGCCCACAAAACUCAAAGUUUUUAUGGCAUGACCAUAUAAAAUGCCCAGCACAUAUAUACAGUGGUACCUCGGGUUACAUAUGCUUCAAGUUACAUAUGCUUCAGGUUACAGACUCCGCUGACCCAGAAAUAUUACCUCAGGUUAAGAACUUUGCUUCAGGAUGAGAACAGAAAUCACGCAGCGGCAGUAGGAGACCCCAUUAGCUAAAGUGGUGCUUCAGGUUAAGAACAGUUUCAGGUUAAGAACGGACCUCCAGAACAAAUUAAGUUCUUAACCCGAGGUACCACUGUAUUUCACUAAAGGUCUAUAGCAGUGGUUCCCAACCUUUUUCGGCCAUGCCCCACCUAAGCAUCUCUAAAAUCCUGAUGCCCCCCGCCCAUGACAUAUAAUUCUUAUUAUUCAAAAAAUGAACUCCUAUUCACGGGGAGGAAGCCUAAAAGGCCAUUAACUGUUAAUAACUCAUUUUUGAAUUGCCCCCCCCCUUAAAAAUCAAAUUGCCUCCCUGUGGGGUAUUGCCCUAUCUUGGGAACCACAGGUCUGCAGGGACACUGAAAAGAAAGAAUUAAUCUAUCAUAAUCGGAAUAAUAAUUAUAAUAAUAGUUUAUUAUUUAUACCCUGCCCAUCUGGCUGAGUUUGGUUUAAAAAAAGAUGCCUUAAUACAUUUUACCAUUUAUAAAAUUCAGCUACCCAGUACCAUUUUGAGGUAGCGACUCUUUGCUUUUUUGUGUUUCAUUUAGUCUCCUUCCUACACCUUUCUUUCCUUUGUAGGUUUUUUAUAUCAGCCAUCUCCUUUUAUUCUAGUUAUCUGAACUGCUUCUUGAAUGCCUUUCUCUCUCUCUCUCUCCCCCCCCCCCCGAUCUUGAAUUAUAGUGCACUCUCUCAGCUAAACUUCGUUCUUGAAGUAAAUGAACAAACCGUGGCAGUUCAUUGUUGUCAAGAAUUAUGGCACUUGAUUUGAAAUUGUGAAAUAUAGAUGUUUGAAGGUUUUUUAUGCUAUUGCUAUUGAUUUUGAAGUGAAAAACAUUAUAUACUCUUAUGGAAUACAAGUUAAGUGAAUGCCAGGGUGCGAUGGUAUGGGGCUUCAUUGUAGAGUCAUCUAUAGACGUUCUCAGUUGUCAAAUGUUCCAUAAUUCAGAACUGAUUGGGAUUUUUAGCAAGAGGUCCCCAAAGCCUCUCUUUUGAGGCUUGAGGGUUGGUCUGAAGACUUGGAACUGCCUCAUUUUUCCUCAGACCAAAGUUGCCUUGGAUUCAGGUAAAAGUAAAGGUAAAGGGACCCCUGACCAUUAGGUCCAGUCGUGGCUGACUCUGGGGUUGUGGCGCUCAUCUCACUUUAUUGGCUGAGGGAGCCAGCGUACAGCUUCCGGGUCAUGUGGUAAGCGUGACUAAGCAACUUCUGGCAAACCAGAGCAGUGCACGGAAACGGCGUUUACCUUCCUGAUGGAGCGGUACCUAUUUAUCUACUUGCACUUUGACGUGCUUUCGAACUGCUAGGUUGACAGGAGCAGGGACCGAGCAACGGGAGCUCACCCUGUCGCGGGGAUUUGAACCGCCAACCUUCUGAUUGGCAAGUCCUAGGCUCUGUGGUUUAACCCACAGCGCCACCCGCAGAGCCAACCUGAAUAUCUCCAAGGUGGGGGCAUUCUCACAUCCGACUUGUGCCUCAUCUGAGGCAAGUUCGCAUCUUAGCACUUAAUGUAUUGUAUCAUCAAAUUACCAUGUAAUGCUUACCAGCACAAAGCCAGUUCUUAAUGGGUGUUUUCUUCUCUCCAGGUAAUUUCGAAAGGGAGUAUGAUGACGUCACCAUUAAGAUGAUCUUUGGCAUAGUUCAGAUCAUUGGAUUUUCCAAUUCCAUUUGCAACCCCAUUGUGUACGCCUUUAUGAAUGAGAACUUCAAGAAAAACUUCCUCGCUGCCCUUUGCUUUUGCAUUAUAAAGGAAAACCUGUCCCCAUCCAGGCGACGUGGAAACCUAGGGAUUACAAUGAAGCAGCAGAAGGAUGAAGGCUGCAGGAGACAACCCAACUCCUCGGGGGAGAACAGAAGAGAAGCAUUCAGUGAAGGGAACAUUGAAGUAAAACUCUGUGAUCAGUCCUUUGCCAAAAGGAAUUCCAGAAGGCACCUUGCUUUGUUUACCUCUGAACUCAAUGGGCAUGCUUCACUGGGACACUAGCAUUAUGGACAUCUCACUGGAUCCUUGAUACUUGAGAAUUCUUGCAUCAUAUCCUAGGCCUGGCCAGUCUGAAGGCUUCAUGUAAAUAGUCAACAAAGCAGGCUUUGGCUCCUUCAGUUGUCAGCUCAAGCUGCUGAUCUCAGGGACCAUAGAAUCACAGAAUCCUAGAGUUGGAAGAGACCCUGAGGAUCAUCUAGUCCAACCCCCUGCAAUGCAGGAAUAUGCAGCUGUCCCGUAUGGGGAUCGAACCUGCAACCUUGGCAUUAUCAGCACCAUUCUGUAACCAACUGAGCUAACCAUGAGCCCUCUAAGUCUGGAUUUGGUGUGUGCCUUUUCAUGGCACUAGUCUGGGCCUGACACUGAGCUAAGAACUAAUCUAGCCUAUUCACCGACCUUUUGAAAAUUAGCACAGUAUAGGUGUUUACUCCUACUGGACUACGUGAUGGUGCAGCAUUUUCUUCUUUUCUUCAGUUCCUUCUUCCGUUCCUUUGUUAUGCUUCCCGGAGACUGAUGUGGAAGCUCUUUCUUUUCUUUUCUAUCUGUUCUUCUCCAAUCUAAGAACAACAAUCUGCUUAAUUGCAAGGCAAAUUGCUUUCGCUUAGUUAACCUUGAAGAUAGCAUCCUCACCAAUGGUAUUUGAGGAUUAUUUGCGUGCAUUUGAAACAGACAAUUGUAAACAAAUUGCACUAUUUGAUUUUGCCUAAAAUUGAAGGAUCUUCACAGCAGUGCAGUGGUUUCAUGCUCUGUUUUGUUACUUGUUACUAGUGUUCUUUUUUAGAGAUAGGGUUGUAUUUAACUAACAUUCUCAGGGUAGACCCACUGAAAUUAAGUGACCUAGGUUUGUCAUGCCCAUUGAUUUCAGUGGGUCUACUCUGAGUAAAAGUUAGUUGAGUACAAGCCAGUUUCUCCAAAACCUGGCUUAUAGUGGAAUAUUUUUUUAUAACUGCAUGCAGCUUAGCUAAAGGAAGUCUGUUUUCCUUUAUAUAAAAUGUUCUGUUGCCUUCAAAUUAUUGGCCAAAUAAUCAAAUAGUACAACAAAAUAACCUGUAAUUUGUUUUGCACUCAUUCAGUGUACAAGGCCAAUAUUUUUAGCAAAGUUGUGAUUACAAAUACAAUGUGACAUUUAAUUUAUGAAGACAUUUUAAUGCUGUUGCCUUUUAAAAUGAUUGUAUACUGUCAUCUCUCUUGCUUCAUCAUGCCCUUAAGCCCAACUUUUAUUCAUAAUAGUUUCCCACCCCCAUUACUCUUUAAUUCAAAUAGCAGCCCUUCAAAACACUGAGCAUUUGCUGCAUUUUCAAAUGCUGGUAAUUUCUCCUGUAUAUGCAUCAAAAGUGGACUAUUUCCAUUUAUCUGAUUAUGCACCUCAUUUUUAAAGUGUCUAAAACUGAACAAGGAUCUUCCCCAUGGGCCACUAUAUUACAUAUGAUCCAACUUCUAGAAUUCUCUUUGAAAAUGUGGAUUUCUCCAAAAAGGGCACCCUCAAGACAUCAGUAUUUCCUACAUUUCUAGGUAUAAUUUGCAGGACUGGAUCACUCAAUGGCUAUAUUAUGGAGCCACUAUUAUCAUUCCACAUCAUGCUUUAAAAUUUUAUUCACGGCAGAGAUUGCCUAAGCAACUGUGAGUGGUGACACCUGUUUGAGCACUAAACUUGAAGAUCUGGAUUUGCAUCACAGCUCUGAGAUGAAUUCACUUGUCCUUGCCCAGCAGUUUCAAUACAUGCCAUGACAGGAAUUAUGUGCCCAUUUAAAAGUGGAACAGUGUUUUCAGAGCUGCAUUUAGGUACCUCUUAAAAAAGACGCACACACUGUGUGCUUGCGUCACUGCAGCAAACACUUGUACUGAGAAAAACAUAGUGAUUUAUGUGGAUAGGGAGAUGACCCCCCCCUCCGCUGCCUAGAAAACCAUUUCUUUUCAUUCCAGUACUCUUACCAUGGGACUAGAGUAGAUGGGGACUACAGAGGGAAAGGCUGCUUUCCCCUGUCCUUUCACCACUCACUGAGCAUUUUCUGCAAAAGUGAGUUGGUUGGAUGUAUCUGUGUGGUAUUUUACCUGUGCAAUUAGUAGUUACAGACUGGUGACAUAGUCAGAAUUGCAGGAGAAUCUGAGUAGCUAUGAAUGCUAUGGGAGACUCUCAGUUUCUGCAUCUUAUCAUCCUUUCAGUAUUAUCAGUUGAGAUGCUUGCAAUUAAGGCUUAGAAUAUGGACAGGCUUGCCAUAUUUGCAGGAACAGUAACAAAUAGUUGCCAAAUAGGAAAUUUACUGCAAAGCAGUGCAAUGAUGUGGAUUGUUCGCUUAUGUUUUUUGUGUACAUUAGUGAUUCUACAUUGUUUUUAAAAAACUGCUUGAGAAUAUCUGCAUGUGCCUGUGGUACUAUCCCUAUUCUUUGACAAAGGAUAUAAGAUUCUUAUUUUGGCUGAGAAUGUUGGCUUAUCUUUAAUUUGCACCCACAGUAUACUUUUUAUGGGUUCUGUUUAUGGAAACCAUGGUUUUUCAGUUUCUUAGAGGAGGGCACUGUGAGGUCUAACUACAUAUUGCUUUGCACAGUUCUAAGAGUAUCGGUUGAAAGAUCAACUAAAUAGAAAAAUGUGUUGCAUCAGAAUGAUAGUAUUUCCCGUAACUGGAUGUUUACAAAUAGGUUUAAAAAGGGGGGGGGGGCAAAUUCCAUGCUAGAAGUUAAUAGCAAAAGGACUGGAAAUCAAUCUGUCAGUAUCCUAAUGCUCCCAGGGAAAUGGGAUUAGGAUUGCAGCUUUAAUAUGCUUCCUGCUGUGAAUUUUAAGCACCAACAGAAUGCACUAUUGAUCAUUGUUUUUCUCACGUGGAAAUAAGUGGUCUCUUUUGUUGACCGUGGGCUUCAAUCUGUGCUCCUCAGUUAAAGUCUGAAGACUUCGAGCUGUCAAGCACAAAAUCAUGUUUACUAUAAACAAUUUAAAAUAUAAAUUGAGUGUUAUUUCAGCAGAUGCACAGAGCACCACUUUCUAUAUAAAACGCUCAGUUAUGAAAUAAAAUACUGCAGUGCAAAAAAGGGCUUAUCUAAGUGGAACUAAGAGUGUCUAUAAAAUGUUUUCAUAUUCCCCCUGGAAUUUAUACAAUUCAGUAUAUCAAGAGGGUAUUAAAACGAUCUUUCCCAGAUGCUUGAGGGAGGUUAAUUAGCAGGAUUGAUUUUUUACGGAACUGUAAAAUCAAGAUGGGUUUGUGAUGGGAAGUUAGCUACUCAUUAGCUUUGUCUUUAAGAUGCUACAAUGCUUGCGCCCCCCCAAAAGACUUAAUAGGGCUGCUCCUCUGGAAAUCUAUUAUUCAGCACAAAAUGAAUGUAAACAUCCACUGAAGACUGAUAUAUGCAUAGCUAUCAUUCACUAUGAUAUGUGUAAAAAGAAAAUACACAUAUUUUUGCAUUGUUGUUGUUUAGUCGUUUAGUCGUGUCUGACUCUUCGUGAUCCCAUGGACCAGAGCACGCCAGGCACUCCUGUCUUCCACUGCCUCCCGCAGUUUGGUCAAACUCAUGGUAGUAGCUUCGAGAACACUGUCCAACCAUCUCGUCCUCUGUUGUCCCCUUUUCCUUGUGCCCUCCAUCUUUCCCAACAUCAGGGUCUUUUCCAGGGAGUUUUCUCUUCUCAUGAGGUGGCCAAAGUAUUGGAGCCUCAGCUUCAUGAACUGUCCUUCCAGUGAGCACUCAGGGCUGAUUUCCUUCAGAAUGGAUAGGUUUGAUCUUCUUGCAGUCCAUGGGACUCUCAAGAGUCUCCUCCAGCACCAUAAUUCAAAAGCAUCAAUUCUUCAGCGAUCAGCCUUCUUUAAGGUCCAGCUCUCAUUUCCAUGCAUCACUACUGGGAAAAGCAUAGCUUUUGCUAUACGGACCUUUGUUGGCAAGGUGAUGUCUCUACUUUUUAAGAUGCUGUCUAGGUUUGUCAUUGCUUUUCUCCCAAAUAGCAGGCAUCUUUUAAUUUCGUGACUGCUGUCACCAUCUGCAGUGAUCAUGGAGCCCAAGAAAGUAAAAUCUCUCACUGCCUCCAUUUCUUCCCCUUCUAUUUGCCAGGAGAAGAAGAAGAAGAAGAGUUUGGACUUGAUAUCCCGCCUUUCACUCCCCUUCAGGAGUCUCAAAGCGGCUAACAUUCUCCUUUCCCUUCCUCCCCCACAACAAACACUCUGUGAGGUGAGUGGGGCUGAGAGACUUCAAAGAAGUGUGACUGGCCCAAGGUCACCCAGCAGCUGCAUGUGGAGGAGCGGAGACGCGAACCCGGUUCCCCAGAUUAAGAGACUACCGCUCUUAACCACUACACCACACUGGCAAUACCAGAGGAAGACUUCUGCAACAUAAACUGAUUGCAGCAAAACAAAAAAUACAGGAUGAAAGUUCAAAUGGCUGUAGAAUGAGCUCUUCACUGGCUGGGCUGCUGAAGGCUAAAUGAGCAGGAGGAGGAUUUAUUAUAUAGCAAAAAUAGAUUCCAGAGAUCCUGAGAGAAGCAGAUUCCUGCACUGAGCAAUUAUCUGAAUCUCUCCAACAUACAGGUGGUUUGGCACAGCACUGCUCAGCAUUGGUGCUGCAUUAGUGGCAAGGCCAGUACACCUUGCAAGGGAAUUUAAAUGGAAGCUUCUCUCAGCACUGGUUACUUUACCCUCUUUAAUUUAAUUUUUGGACAGAUUUUAAAGGGAUUCAUCUGGAGCAGCAGAGGCUUGCGUCACCUUGACCAGGGCCUCAGCACACUGGCAUUUUUGCCCAGCCACACUGUGUGCUGAUAUUGAGCCUGGCGAAUGAAGUGCUUGGUGGGUUUGACCAAAAUGUUAAAAGAACUCAAGUUUGUUAUUUGUUCGAUAUUCCUGGCAAUUGACAUUGUUUUGUGCAUAUGGCCAGUGACUGUGGUCACUGUAGUACUGUGGAUUUUAUACUAUCCUAAAUCAUGUAUUAUUGCUUACACUGUUUUCAUUGUAUGGUUUUACUAUUUCUGUACACUUUUUGACAUUUUUAAAUGUAGAACAGUAUGUAAAUGUAUAUAAACAGUGUUCACUACA